AUGCCUUUCACACCUGAUUCAGAGCUCGACCUGUUGUUCCCGGCCGAACAUAUACCAGACGAGACGAAGAAGCAGCUGCCUUCAGACCUCCAUCUCCGACCUCUCGCAUCAACGGAUUACAAGCGCGGCCAUCUUUCCGUCCUUUCCGUUCUAACUGUUGUCACUGACCCGGGCGAGGGCGCUUGGGUCACGCAAUUCAACGCUAUCAGGGCGGCGUCCCGUACCUACUAUUCUAUUGUAAUUGUGGACAAGCCCUCGGAUCGGAUUGUCGCCGUUGGUACGGUGUUCAUUGAACGCAAAUUUCUCCGCGGCCUUGGAAGCGUCGGUCACAUUGAAGAUAUAGCCGUCGACAAGUCACAACAGGGGAAGAAGCUUGGUUUGAGGAUCAUCCAAGCCCUCACAGGCAUCACGUUUUAUCAGAAGUGUGGUUUCGAGCGGAAGGAAAAUGAGAUGACGAGAUAUGCGCCAGACCGUUCUCGCUCGCCGAGGUUGUAA